AUGUUCGUGGAUAAGAAUUUAGGUUAGAAAUAAAAGUAUUAGAAAAUAGAUAUAAGUGAAUUAGGUAAGUAGAAAAGAUAUAAUAUAAGAAUAGGUUUAAAAAAAAAAAGUAAAAUAGAAUGUGAAUAUAAAUGUGUAUACAGGAAAUUAAUAUUCAGAUGAUUAUUAUAAAAUAUUAUAAGUUCGAAAAUAAUUACCUGCUUGGGAUGGUAAGAUAUAGAUUGAUGAUAAAAUUAGCAAAGGAAUAAUUAUUUAUGUUGUUGGAAUAAUAUUAAGUAAUAGUUUUACAAGGAGAGACAGGAAGUGGAAAGACAACAUAAAUGCCAUAAUUUUUAUUAGAGAAAUAUUGUAAAGGUAGAGGAAUAGCAUGUACGUAACCAAGAAGAGUAGCAGCAAUGAGUGUAGCUAAAAGAGUAGCAGAAGAGAUGGAUGUUACAUUAGGUGAAGAGGUUGGUUAUUCAAUAAGAUUUGAAGAGAAAACAUCAAAUAAAACAAUUUUAAAAUAUAUGACAGAUGGUAUGUUGUUAAGAGAGUAUAAUAAAAUAUAAUAUAUAAAUUAGAGCUAUGCAUGAUCCUAAAUUAGAAAGAUAUUCAGUGGUGAUUUUAGAUGAAGCACAUGAAAGAACAUUAAAUACAGAUAUUUUAUUUGGAUUACUAAAGGAAGUAAUGUUGAAGAGACCAGAUGAUUUAAAAGUAGUAAUCAUGUCUGCAACUAUGGAUGCUGAGAAAUUUUAAAAGUAUUUUCACAAUGCUCCACUUUUGGAUAUACCUGGAAGAGUAUUUCCUGUUGAAAUAUUCUAUACUUAAAAACCAGAGAAAAGUUAUCUUGAUGCAGCUAUUAGUACUACAAUUAAUAUUCAUGCAUAUGAAGAACCUGGAGAUAUCUUGGUGUUUCUUACAGGAGAAGAAGUAUGUAUAUAUAUAUAUAUAAAUAAAACUAUAGGAAAUAGAAGAAGCUUGUAAAAAGAUUACUUCAGAAAUUUAAAAAUUAGGAGAUGAUGUAGGACCAGUAAGAUGUGUACCUUUAUAUAGUACAUUACCACCAAAUUAAUAAUAAAAGAUUUUUGAAUCUGCUCCUCAACCUAAUAAGAAAGGAAUAUAAGGAAGAAAAAUAGUUGUCGCUACAAAUAUUGCUGAAACUUCUAUCACUAUUGAUGGAAUAUGUUAUGUAGUAGAUCCUGGAUUUUCAAAACAAAAAGUUUAUAAUCCAAGAUUAAGAGUAGAAUCAUUACUUGCCUCUCCUAUUUCUAAAGCAUCUGCUUAAUAAAGAGCAGGUAGAGCUGGUAGAACUAGACCUGGAAAAUGUUAUAGAUUAUAUACUGAAUAAUCAUAUAAUACAGAAUUAAUUGAUAAUACUUAUCCAGAAAUAUUAAGAAGUAAUCUCUCAUCUGUUGUAUUACAAUUAAAAAGAUUAGGAAUUGAUGAUCUUGUUCAUUUUGAUUUCAUGGAUCCUCCUGCUCCAGAAACACUAAUGAGAGCUCUAGAAUAAUUAUAUUAUUUAGGUGCUCUAGAUGAAGAAGGAAAUCUCACUAAAUUUGGAUAAUCAAUGUCUGAAUUCCCACUUGAUCCAUAAUUAUCUAAAAUACUUCUAAGUAGUAAAGAUUUCUAUGUUACUGAUGAAAUUCUUACUAUUGUUGCAUUAUUAUCUGUCUAAUAAGUAUUCUAAAGACCUAAAGAUUAAUAAUAAUAAGCUGAUGAUGCUAGAUAUUAAUUUGUUCAUUAAGAUGGAGAUCAUAUUACGUUUCUUAAUGUUUUUAAAGCUUUUAAGGAACAUAAUGAAAGCUCUGAUUGGUGUUAUUCAAAUUUUAUUAAUUACAGAAGUUUAAAAUCUGCUGAUAAAAUCAAAAUUUAAUUAAAAUAAAUUAUGUCUAAAUUAUCAAUACCUUCUACCAAAACUGAUCCAUCUAAUGCUCUAUAUUAUACAUAUAUUAAAAAAGCCUUAAUUUCAGGUAUGUUUAUGUAAACAGCUCAUCUUACUAAAAAUGGAGCUUAUAUGACUGUUAAAGAUAGUCAAAUUGUUGCCAUCCAUCCUUGUUCUGUUCUUAAUCAUAAACCAGAAUGGAUAUUAUAUUAAGAAUUUGUCUUAACUUCUAAAAAUUAUUUAAGAACUGUUACUGAUAUUGAAGGUAAAUGGCUCUAUGAAAUCUGUCCUGAAUAUUUCAAUCCUAAAACUAUCAAAAAUAUUGAAACUAGAAAAGAAUUCGAAAAAAUAGAAAAAUAAGUAUUAUAUACUUCUCAAUCUAUUAGGUUUUAGAAGAAUAGAGAAGAAAACCUGAUCUCUUAACUGUUGAAUAAAUACAAAAAUUACAUAAACAUGUUAAAUCAGAAAGAACAUAAUCAGUUUCUUCUCCUAAAACUAUUCAAAAAUGA